AGUGGCAGCUGCCGGCUUGCAUACCAAGAUCAGCGGGGAUCAUUUGAAGGCGGCGUGGCAUAAACGGUUCUAAGUAGAGCCGCCGGAGAUCAAGGCAAUGGACAAGCUAAUGGUCUUCGAACAAGGCACGCUGUCGAGUGUCGACUGGAUUGCCGAGUACCAACGCUUGACAUCCGUCCUAGACAUCCAAAUGGGCUUCAAAGCCAUCCGCCACUAUUUUAUCUCAAGGUUGUGUCUGGCAUUGAGCAAUGCCUUGACUCACGUCGAGGACACCUUGACGACUACAACGGAACUCUUUGACAAGGCCGCGCAGAUUAUUAUUACAAACAAGGAGGCUAAGAAUCUGCGUUCGUCUGCGGCAGGCCCGAGCAGAGAUCAGCAUCGGCCGAAAGUGGCCGUGGUCACGGCGACAACGUUGUUUGACCAAACUAGCGAGGCCGUGUCAGCUCCAGCCCCAUGGUCCCAAUAUGAGCUGGAAUACUUGGGCCAUUUUGUCACACCGGAGGGCAUCAGUCUGCUAUCGGACAAGAUUCAAGCCAUCCAAGAGUGGUCGGAGCCACGGAACGUCACAGAUAUUCGUUCAUUCCUUGGCCUCGCCGGCUAUUGCCAGCGUUUCAUCAAGGGCUACUUGAAGAUCGCGGCCCACUUGACCAAGCUUCAAUGCGAGGACCGGUUGUUUGACUUCGGAGAGGAUGCGCGGGAAUCAUUUUUGGCUCUCAAAGCCGCAUUAUUAUUUGCGGAGGUCUUGCGCAUGUACGACCCUCUUUUGCCUACGCGCGUCACUACGGAUGCAUCCGGCUAUGGCAUUGGUGCCGUCCUCGAGCAACAUGACGGCGUGGACUGGCACUCGGUCGAGUAUUUCAGCAAGGAAGUGCCCGUUGUGCAUUCCAUCGACGAUGCACGCAAGAAGGAGCUCCUCGCCUUCGUCCACACGCCCAAGCGGUGGCAGCACUUCCUUCUUGGUCGAAACCAAUUCCAAUGGGUUCCAGACAACAAUCCAUUGGUCUUUUACAAGACCCAAGACACCGUCAACUGCACCAUCGCUCGAUGGAUGGCUUUCAUCGACCAGUUCGACUUCUUUCCCGAUCACAUUCUGGGGAAGUCGAAACGUUUUGUGGAUGCUCUUUCACGGCGUCCGGAUCAUUGUACCGCGGUCUACUUAACCUUUGAGAUCGACAACGACCUGUGGGACAGCGUCAUCCGCGGCUACCAAGCCAACCCCGAGUUUCGCUUCAAUACCAACUCCGUUUACAUCGCGAAGAUCGACCGCCAGUUCAAGACGCAACGGUACGACAACAUCGAUGCACCAUUGCUAUACGUACGCAUUCAGAUCGGAGAGGCGACCUGCAGUGCCUUGAUCGAUUGCGGAGCAUCUCGCAACUACAUCAGCCAGGACUUCAUGGUACGCGCCGGCCUUGGCCCACGUGYCCGGAGGAAGUCCCAGCCUACGCAAGUCACUCUGGCAGACGGUCAUUCGCACAAGUCCAUCGACCGGUGCAUUGACGCCGUCCCAGUGUACUUUGCCCCUCACGCAAGUGAGGCGGUGUCCUUUGACAUUCUGGACACCAUAUUCGACAUGAUCUUGGGCAUGUCAUGGCUGCGAAGCAAGGAUCACCCGGUGAACUUCUUCAACCGCACCGUUCACGUUCAUGACUGGAACGGAGUACUAGUUCCAUGCACGGUGCCUCUUCCUCAUCCUUCGAUCAGCUGCCACGUGGUAUCCGCCGCAAGCAUGCGAGCUUCCAUCAUCAGAGACGACAUCGAGGAGAUGGGGGUGUGUUUUCUCCACGCCCUCCCACCCCACGACGCUUCAAUGUCGGACUCACCUUCGAAUCCACGCAUCACCGAGCUUCUCGACGCCUACAGCGACGUGUUCGAAGGCCCGCACGGAGGAGUACCGGAUCAACCCAUCCGCCACGAGAUCAUCCUCGAGGACGGGGCCGUACCUCCGCGCGGUUGCAUCUACCGAAUGAGCGAAGAAGAGUUAAGUGUGCUUCGGGCACAACUGGACGACCUUCUAGAGAAAGGCUGGAUUCGGCCUAGCUCAUCGCCAUACGGUGCUCAUGUUCUCUUCGUCCGGAAGAAGAACAAGGACCUGCGGUUGUGCAUCGAUUAUCGCAAACUCAGACGAUCAGGAACACCGGCCCUCUCCCACUCAUCGACGACCUUCUCGAGCGAUUGUGCAGCGCCCAGUUCUUCUCUAAGAUGGAUCUCAAGUCAGGCUACCACCAACUCGAGAUUCGCAAGGAGGAUCGCUACAAGACCACGUUCAAGACACGCCAAGUACAAAGCAAACCGCGACAAGUGCGAGUUCGCACAGCAGGAGCUGGAGUACUUGGGACACUAUGUGAGGCCGCAAGGCAUCCGUCCGCUUGCGGACAAGAUGGAGGCCCUACGAGUAUGGCUCGAGCCCACCAACACCACGGACGUUCGUUCAUUCAUGGGGUUGGUGGGCUACUAUCAGCGAUUCAUCACCGGAUACUCCAGGAUUGCUGCACCUAUGACGAGGUUACAGUCGCCAAAGGUGCCAUUCGUAUUCGAUGACAACGCACGCCGGUCGUUCCAAGCACUUAAGACGGCUAUGCUCAUGGCACCCGUCCUUAGCAUCUAUGACCCCACCCUGCCGACGCGAGUGACUACGGACGCUUCCGAGUAUGGCAUUGGGGCAGUCUUGGAACAACACGACGGCGACGACUGGCACCCUGUGGAGUAUUUCAGCCACAAAGUGCCUCCCAUCAACUCGCUUGAUGAUGCAAGGAAGGAGCUGCUCGCAUUCGUGAUGGCUCUCAAGCGCUGGCGGCACUUCCUUCUUGGGCACCUUCUCCUCCCUCGACGAGCCGACAUUGACGCUGCCUGCUCUCCCGCUUCCGUCCGGAAGUACAGGGAAUUGCUGACUCAAGCCCGCGCAAAUAUGCAAAAGGGUCAAGUCCGCAUGCAGCAGCAAGCCAACAGGCGUCGCGUACCAUGUCCCAUCCGCGCCGGUGAUCUGGUUUGGGUCUCCGCGGAAGAGUUUGCACUGGAACAGGAUGUUUCACGCAAACUGCUUCCCAAGUGGUUUGGACCUUGGUCUGUGAUAGCAGCCGCGGGCGAUGAGCCCGAUGGCCCUUCAUUUGUGAUCAACAUUCGAGAGCAUUUGACGGUCCAUCCGGUCUUCCACGCCUCGAAGCUGGCAACAUACACGCCAGUCAAGAGCGACGACUUUCCGGAGCGACGAUCGCAGGACCCUCCUAUGGAUGGCCAUCAGGAAGUUGACCGCGUCAUCUCCGAUCGCAAGUACGACAGCAAGCCGCGGCAGUACAAAGUCACAUUCAAAGCAUGCGAUCGCGACGACACUCGGUGGAUUUCAGGCGCAGAUUUGAAAGCAUCCGCACCGCUGAUCUACGCGCAUUAUGAAAAGGGGAGGUUAGCUCAGGAAGCUUCACGACCAGCCCCUCCCACCUGGACUAUGGUCCCUCCCUCAGACAGACAGCUUCGCCCUCGCAGGCAAGCUCGGUUCCUAAAGGAGGGGGGGGGGCAUACUGAGUAGCCACACGGGCCCUGCAGGGCCCAUCCCGGACAUUCAGCCUAAAAGCCUAUUAGGGCUUAUAGGCCCCGUUCGU